AUGCAGGAUUACACAAUGUCAGAUUAUCUAUGCCAAGAGUUGAUAAUUGAAAUCUUCACAAGACUGCCACCCAAAUCCCUCCUCCGGUUUAGAUCACUCUCCAAAUCAUGGUAUUCUUAUGACUUUUAUACAUUACAUUCAGAAGACCAAUUGCCACUUUGUCCCACAGGUGGAUACAAUGGUAUAACAGCAGUCCAGUUUCCAUGUAGCAGAGUUUUCAAAAUUGUUGGUUCAUGUGAUGGAAUUUUCUAUUUGAAUGAGUAUCAGAAGGGAAUUAGUCUAUGGAACCCUUCAAUAAGGCGCAAACAAAGCCUGCCUGAUUGUCCACGGAGAUCUGGAGGCCCUUCGGAAGGGUUUGGGCUUGGGCUUGGGCUUGGGCUUGGGUUUGGUUUCGACCCAAUCAGUGAUGAUUACAAGAUUGUCCAGGUAUCAUACGCCAGAGAAAGUUCAUUUUUUUAUGCAUUAAAGAUAGACACUUGGUGUGCGAUUGCCUCCCCUACCCCAUUGAUUUCUAAAGUGUUAUCAGGGAAAUCAUGUUUUGUGAAUGGAGCGUUGCAUUGGGUGGUAGAUAGUUAUCAUACGGAAUCACAUGAUACUGACCUUCCUUGUAUACUGACAUUCAAUUUGAGCACUCAUGUUUUUGGCAUGAUUCCAUUGCCUGAACCCUUUUGGACAGCAAGAGGAUUAACAACUCUCCAAGGUUCUCUAGCUGUGAUUUCUACGAAUUAUAAUGAGUAUGAUAGUUGGAUAUGGGUGAGGAGGGAUGAUUCUUGGUCUGUGAUUUUUAAAUCGAAAGAAAAUCAAUUCAAAAAAGGAUCGAUUAUGCGAGUUUUGCAACCGACCACCAAUGGAGAUUUGUUAAUCAACGCUUCGAUGGAGAGGGGGGAGAAGGUCCAAGUUUAUCUUACGAAGAUGGGUGCGCAAUCAAGACUAGUGAAUUUCCAUGCUGCUUCUUUCAUAUUUGAGAUUGUUCAGUGUGUCGAAAGCCUUCAUUUGUUAGACAUGGAGACUGAUUGCGAAACAAAUCAACUAUCGGUUUCUAGAGCAAAAAAGACAAGUCAACUAUCUGUUUCUGUUGGAAAAAAGACAAAAGACGUUGAGUCACUGGAUGAACCUUCAACGGUAAGAUUAAACUUCCUGAUCAUAAAUCAUAGCUACAUAUUGGCUGAUUCUUGCAAUUUGUAUCUUUAA